UUCGCCGGGCCGGUCGCGGCGACUCGCAGGUUGCGCGGCGAGCGUCUCACGCCGGAGCGGUUUCGGGUGCGGUUUUUCCCGGCGUGCCCCCAGUGCGCAUGCGCCCGGCCGUCCCGACCAACCGAGGGUUGAAUUUUCUCGGAGAAAGACAGGCCGGCCAUCAGGAAAACAAACAAGCCUCAGCAACAUCUAAACCCUUGAAAGGAUCCUGAGAGAGGGGGGAAAGGGAAAACAGCGGCCACCAGCCCAUCCACUUGUGUCUUCUGCCCCCUUCCCACCUAUCUUGCCCACCCCACCAGCCCAUGCUGCUUGGGACUUGAAAUCUGUGGCCGAAGGACCGUCACCACAUAACUUCAAAAAUAAUCAACCACCCUCCUUGCCCAAACCCACCCAAUCGCACUCAUCCAGCAUUUCCUUUUUGGAAUCCACUCAGAAUUUUUUUUUCAACGACCCCCCCUCCCUAAAUGGAGUUGGGUGGGGGGAUUAUGAAUACUGAGUUGGUCGUUACUUUUUUAAGAGACUUUUUGAUCCAAUGAGGCCCCCCAAGUAACUUGAGUUUGGGUCCUGGUUGGUUGUUUUAUUUUUUUUUCCUCCAUAAUUUUACCCAUCCCCCCCCCUGAGCCCGAGGUGCUGACGUCGCAAAAAAAUUGGAUAAAACCAUCAUCAUGGGUUCGGGUCCCAUAGACCCCAAAGAACUUCUCAAGGGUCUGGAUAGCUUCCUUACUCGGGAUGGAGAAGUGAAGAGUGUGGAUGGGAUUUCCAAAAUCUUCAGUCUGAUGAAGGAAGCACGAAAGAUGGUGAGUCGGUGUACGUACCUGAACAUCCUCCUGCAGACCCGCGCCCCAGAAGUGCUGGUCAAGUUCAUUGAUGUUGGCGGCUACAAGCUCCUGAACAACUGGUUAACAUACUCAAAGACGACCAACAACGUUCCUCUCCUGCAGCAGCUCCUGCUGACCCUGCAGCACCUCCCGCUCACCGUGGACCAUCUCAAGCAGAACAACACUGCAAAACUAGUGAAGCAGCUGAGCAAGUCAAGCGAGGACGAAGAGCUCCGGAAGUUGGCAUCAGUCCUUGUCAGUGACUGGAUGGCUGUCAUCCGUUCCCAGAGUAGCACACAGCCUGCGGAGAAAGAUAAGAAAAAAAGAAAAGAAGAGGGGAAAAGUCGAACCCUGCUUCCUGAGCGACCUUUGACGGAAGUCAAGGCUGAAACCCGGGCUGAGGAUGCCCCUGAGAAGAGGAAGGAGAAGCCCAAGUCACUUCGAACCACCGCACCCAGUCAUGCCAAGUUCCGUUCCACUGGGUUAGAGCUCGACACGCCAUCCCUGGUGCCUGUUCGGAAGAGCCCCAGCACUGUGGCAGUGUCGGACAAGUACAAUCUGAAGCCCCUUCCCCUCAAGCGCCAGAGUGCCACCACUGCUCCAGGCGACACCGCCCCACCUGCAGAGAAGAAGUACAAGCCCCUCAACACGACCCCCAAUGCCACCAAAGAGAUCAAAGUGAAGAUCAUCCCCCCUCAGCCUAUGGAGGGCCUGGGUUUUCUGGAUGCUCUCAAUUCAGCCCCUGUCCCAGGCAUCAAAAUUAAGAAGAAGAAGAAGGUUCUGUCCCCUACGGCUGCCAAGCCCAGCCCUUUUGAAGGGAAAACAAGCACUGAGCCAAGUGCGGCCAAACCCUCCUCCCCAGAGCCAGCACCGCCUGCUGAGCCCAUGGACACGGACCGCCCUGGAACCCCAGUGCCACCCGUCGAGGUUCCGGAGCUAAUGGAUGCAGCCUCUUCAGAACCAGGAGCUCUGGAUACCAAGCCUGUGGAGAGCCCUGGAGAUCCCAGCCAGCUGACUCGGAAGGGCAGAAAGAGGAAAACUGUGACAUGGCCUGAGGAGGGCAAGCUGAGGGAGUAUUUCUACUUUGAACUGGAUGAAACUGAGCGAGUGAACGUGAACAAGAUCAAGGACUUUGGUGAGGCGGCUAAGCGUGAGAUACUGUCAGACCGACAUGCUUUUGAGACAGCCCGACGAUUAAGCCAUGACAACAUGGAAGAGAAAGUGCCUUGGGUGUGUCCCCGGCCUCUGGUUCUGCCCUCCCCUCUUGUCAUCCCUGGAAGCAAUAGCCAGGAGCGAUACAUCCAGGCUGAGCGGGAAAAAGGCAUCCUUCAGGAGCUCUUCCUGAACAAGGAGAGUCCUCAUGAGCCUGACCCCGAGCCGUAUGAGCCCAUACCCCCCAAGCUCAUCCCCUUGGAUGAGGAGUGCUCCAUGGAUGAGGCACCGUAUGUUGAGAGCCUGGAGCCUGGAGGGUCUGGUGGUUCACCUGACGGAGCGGGUGGCUCCAAGCUGCCUCCAGUUCUGGCCAAUCUUAUGGGAAGCAUGGGAGCUGGGAAGAGCCCCCAGGGCCCUGGAGGAGGAGGCAUCAACGUCCAGGAGAUCCUCACCUCCAUCAUGGGCAGUCCAAACAGCCACCCUUCAGAGGAACUGCUGAAGCAGCCAGACUACUCAGACAAACUCAAGCAGAUGCUGGUGCCACAUGGGCUCCUGGGUCCUGGUCCUGUGGCCAAUGGCUUCCCGCCAGGAGGCCCCGGGGGUCCCAAGGGCAUGCAGCAUUUCCCCCCAGGUCCUGGAGGGCCCAUGCCAGGUCCCCAUGGAGGCCCUGGUGGACCGGUGGGUCCACGUCUCCUGGGUCCCCCACCCCCUCGGGGAGGUGAUCCCUUCUGGGAUGGCCCAGGUGACCCCAUGCGAGGUGGCCCAAUGCGUGGGGGUCCAGGACCAGGCCCUGGACCAUACCAUAGAGGCCGAGGAGGUCGUGGAGGAAAUGAGCCACCACCGCCCCCUCCAUUCCGAGGAGCCAGAGGAGGUCGUUCUGGAGGAGGACCCCCAAAUGGCCGAGGGGGUCCUGGUGGAGGAGGCAUGGUUGGAGGAGGUGGACACCGCCCCCAUGAUGGUCCUGGUGGGAGCAUGGGCAGCAGCAGUGGACACCGCCCACAUGACGGCCCUGGUGGAGGAAUGGGCACUGGACAUCGCUCCCAUGAUGGCCCUGGCGGGAACAUGGGUGGAAGUGGUGGACAUCGUCCCCAUGACGGCCCUGGACACGGGGGACCCCAUGGCCACCGGUCACAUGAUGUUCCUAGUCAUCGAGGCCACGACCAUCGAGGGCCACCUCAUGAGCACCGUGGCCAUGAUGGCCAUGGGGGAGGUGGCCACCGAGGGCACGAUGGAGGCCACAGUCACGGAGGAGACAUGUCAAACCGCCCCGUGUGCAGACAUUUCAUGAUGAAGGGCAAUUGCCGCUAUGAGAACAACUGUGCCUUCUACCAUCCGGGGGUCAAUGGGCCCCCACUGCCCUAGGCCCGCUGCCCUCCCUCACCCACUCGGUUAUGGCUUCUGUGAGGCCCACUUCCCUUUUCCCCAGCUGAUGAGGAGCCGGCCCCCUCAGUUCCCACCUGCUUGGGUUCCUGGGGGUCUCUGAUUACUGGUGCACAUUGAUGUACAUAUCCCCUCCAGUCUGGAGAGGAGAGAGACUGGACUCUUGCUGGACUGCCGAGAUGGCUGGCUUCACUCUGUGAGGAGAUUGCCCUGUGCCCCAGACCCUUCCAGUAUUAGCCCCGAUGCCUGAGAACCCAAAGCUGGUCCCCCGGAGACGGGACUGAGCUGCUCAGCUGCUCUUAGGAAACCAUCCCAGCCAAGCUCACUGCUCCCCAGGGUGAGGGGCGGGGACGGGUAA